AUGGCGACGCCUUUCUCACGUAGCUUCGAGUCUGGUACCAAGCGCAAGCGUAAGCGUUCAAGUCACGUCAACGCACCGAACGAUUCCGCUUCACUUCUCUCUGUCGAGAAGCAAUUGCAGACGCUCGAGAAGUGGUACCGCGUUUUGACUAUCGACCUAUCUGAGCUACGAAGUGAGUGCGCGCGUGUGCGAAUGGAGAUUGAAAAAAUAGACGACACGGUUGAAGCCGCUGUAGAAAACUCUGAGUUGUGUGUGGCGCAGGCGCAGGCGGCGCAGGAGCUUGCGUUUGCAGCCACUAAAGCUAAAGAAGAGGCCGCCGAGAGUACUGAGAGCAAGAUACACGCCGUUAAUGCAAAGUUGGACCGAGUGAGCAAGAAAUGCAUUACAUUAGACAAGCAAAUAGCAGAAUGUACUCAGAGCAAUAUAACCGAAGAUUUUAUAAUGACGCAGCUAUCGGAGUUACAAGAGCAGUACGAAAAUGAACUCGCGAAGGUUCGAAAAGACCACGAUGCGGCGCAAAAAGCUCAACAGAAGCAGUUGGAGAGAGUGCUCGUUCGUUUGAAGGAAAACAAGACACUCAAGAGACAGAUGGGGACUAUGGAAAGAAUGAUACAGAGUUUAAGCGGGGAGAACAAGUUUUUAAUCGACAAGAUAAACCAAUUAGAUACGCUGCAGCAACAAAAUGAAAGGAUCGAGAGAGGUAAUCAAGAUGAACGAGGAUGCACUCAAUUGGACAACCAAUUUAAAGAUAAAUUGGUUGAGUUCGAGAGACGAGUUGCUAACGCAGAGAGAAUGCUUGGACUUGACAGAAAAAAAGACAACUUAUGCUCAACAAAAAAACGUGCAACGUCUGACAAUACGAUGCUUAUACUGCCAACGUCUUCACCUCAAGCUUCGAUGCGCCCAGAGAAUUUAAGUGGGAUUUAUGAACAGUUGCGACUAAUAAAUUGCGACAUCCAAACCUUCAAAGCCGACUUUUAUUCGUUAGCCAAGCAGAGAGACGUGCGUGAGAGUCCGACUAAAAAUAUUUUCGAAUCUAGACUGCAAGAGUUGAGCACGCAGCUAUUUGGCGCCUUAGGGCAUGACUCUCGACUACAUGCGAACGAGAUCAGUCGUCUUAAAGACGCAAUAUUUGACGUCCGAAGUUAUCAUCGAGAUUUGGAACAGAGAAUGAAACGACUAGAAGACGACGUACAACAGAAAGCUCGACGAGACCGCCCAAAUUACAGUCCACCGUCCCCUAAUACUUAUUGGAACCGUCAACGGAGGACUUCACAUCACAAAUCAGCACCUGACUAUACGUGGUCAGAAUUUGAUCGUUCAGCCCAAGAUCGAGCUCGAUGGACUUCAGGAAGAAACGUACAUGAUCGAUUUUAUGAAGCAAGAAAUACUGAAUUAUCUCGUUUUGAGCCGAUAAAUGCUCGAAGUGGUCGUCACAAUCAGAGCAGCAACGAACCGUUUUAUUCUCCGAGCUAUCUUUCAAGUGCUGCACCCGUACGACGCAAUGUCUCGAAUUCUACACGAUUGCUUCCUGCAUCUAUGGGACAGUACCAUGAUGCUUGCGAUAACAAUGACUAUGAAAAGAGCAAACGAUCGGAGCAAUUAGAAGUUCCCUUUCGUCGUAUUCGCCAACUUCCAAAAUCCCACGAAGUGAUCGUUAUUGAAGAGGAUGAUGGCGAUGUCGAUGACGACGAAGACAGCGGCAUGAGAAAUGUUAAUGAAUUCGGAGACGACGGUGACAAUCAAUAUGACCACGAAGCCGAUGUGGGGGAAGAUGCGGCCAGAGCUCCUCCGGAUAUCGUUUUAGACGAGGAAGACAUGAACUUACCAAGUAACGUUAAUGCUGCGGAUACACCAGAGACUUGCAGCACCGAAAACAAUCACUCAGAAAUUACGGAUCUCUUGGAGAACGAGGCAGACCUGAAAAUGGGUUUACUGUUGUACUUUUGCUUGGGUGGCGCCCCUGAUUUGGACAAUGCUUGGACAAGUUAUUUUACGCAGCUAAAAUCCGACGAGUGUGUGGAAAUUCCUCGGGUAAUUCAAUUCCAACGUCGAUACAGCAUUUUGCAUAGCUUUCCUGUGCACUUGACGCAGUGCAUUCUUCAGGCUGUAAUCCUUAAUCGACAAAAUGUUCGUGUAGGAAUUAAUCCAAAAGCUUUAAGGCUCUCUGAACCAUUAAGCGCCGCCAGUUUGCGCGCCAUUUCCAGAACCGUGGUGCAAAAUACGCACCUUUCAUGGGCCAAAGCACUUGUUGACUUUUUAUUAAAACAAGUGAGUGACCUUGAUGAGCCAACAUUGGAAAAGCCUGAGUUGUCUGUCAAUCCAGCUGGGGUGGCAAGCCUUCCGAAUGAGUUUGAUGCUAUAUACGCGUGGAGCCGACGACAAGAAAAUACUAUGUGGAUUCUGGCACAAAAGUUGCACUAUAAAUCAGUCAUGCCAGCUAUGAAAUUCAACGCGAACGAGUCUCCUGCCGUUUAUUUGUUUCUAGUCAUGUUUGAUGUGCUGACAGUAACGAGCGAAUGUCCUCAAUAUGGCAGUUUUCGAUUGAAUUCAUUUGGUAAAAAGACGUUUGCAUAUCUUUGGAAUCACACGCUGAAAAGACUGCCGUACAUUUUCUUCGCUGAUUGGUCUUGGCUAGAGGACCAGACGACGAAAAAAAAAUUGCCCGCGUUGGCAUUCUGCCAUUUGCUAGUUACAAUUAUGCUUUGGAACAGUGCAAUUGAUCGACAUAGUCUGACAAAUCUUAGCAUUUAUGCGACUGCAGUGAAGAGUAUCCUUACUAAGCUUUACUUAGGUGGUCGAGCCGUUCUUGAAUUAUUAGAAACAACAGAGACCACAUUUUUGGCGCUAGGUGAGGAUGAAUCCACGUAUAUUGAGCUACGUGAUCUGGAUAGCACGUUUGCGUCAACACUUGGAUUGGAUGGAUUCUUUGAAGUUUCUGAAGUCAUUCAAAACAACAUGUUAGCCGUUGCUGCUUUGGAACCUCGUGCAAAUUUAAGUUAG